AUGGAUUUAAUCAACCGUAAAGACGAAAUCAUUCUUAUAGCUCCGACUAGGGCUACUACCGAUAUCAUUAGAGGCAACACGUACUAUACCUCCCUUAGAAUUUCCUUAAAUCGUUUCCGGCAAGUAGGAGUUAGUGCUAGAAAAACCAUUAUGAUUAUAGAUAAGAGAUUCUUUAGAUCUUUUCGGUGGUUUACCUAUAGUGAUACUUAUAGGCGACUUUCACCAAUUUCCUCUAGUAUAAGGCUAGCCGUUAUAGAAACUUCUAAGAAGCGAAACCGACUAAGACGGAAAGCUUAUCUAGAGCCGAUUUAA